AUGGCAUCAAUUGUUGGAAAUAUUCCCAAUUCGAAUGAAAUUAUUCCACGUUCAUCAAGUGUUGAUUCAGCUAUAUUUGAUGGUGGAGAAGAUUCACCUGAUGAAAUAUUUGAUGGAGAAGAAGAAAGUUUUGAUGAACUUAAUCAAGAUGAUCAACAAAAUGGACGAUGCAAAGCACUUAUACCACGUUUAAUUCGUUAUGGUUCAAAACGUCUUCCUAUUAUUCAAUUUUCACCUAAAGUUGUUUAUGGUCGUUGUCCAGAAGCAAAAAAGAUUGGAGAAAAACAUUGUUUAACAUUUAAAUUUGUUAAAAAUGAAACAAAAUUAAUACGAAAUAUACUUGAAGGACAUGGAUUACGUGAAGUUCAUCCAUCAAGUUCAGAAUUUAAUAUAAUGUGGACUGGUGGUGGAAUGAAACCAUUUACUUUAAGAUCACUUAAUCCAUUUCAACGUGUUAAUCAUUUUCCCAGAUCAUAUGAAAUGACACGAAAAGAUCGACUUUAUAAAAAUGUUCAAAAAAUGCAACAAGAAAAAGGAAUUAAAAAUUUUAAUUUUAUUCCAAUGACUUUUCUUUUACCUUAUGAAUUUGAAGAUUUCUCAGCUGCAUUUCAACGUGAGAAAGGAAUUUGGAUAAUAAAACCAGUUGCUUCAUCACAAGGAAAAGGAAUUUUUUUAAUAAAUCAUCCUGAUCAAGUACCAUUAGAUGAAAAUCUAGUUAUUAGUCGAUAUAUUGAUAAUCCACUUCUUAUUGAUGGAUACAAAUUUGAUGUUAGAAUUUAUGUGGCUGUUACAUCAUAUGAUCCACUUGUUGCUUAUCUUUAUGAAGAAGGAUUAACAAGAUUUGCAACAGUUAAAUAUGAUUCCAAUAGUCGAAGUAUAAAAAAUGCAUUUAUGCAUUUAACAAAUUAUAGUGUUAAUAAACGAAGUCAUCGAUAUGUUAGAUGUGACGAUCCUGAUAUUGAAGAUUUUGGAAAUAAAUGGUCUAUGUCAGCUAUGUUACGUUUAUUAAAAUCCGAAGGAAAAGAUACAUUUAGUUUAAUGAUGUCUAUUGAAGAUGUUGUUAUUAAAACAUUACUUUCAGUUGAAUCUCAAAUAUCAGCUGCUUGUAGAAUGUUUGUUCCAAAUAGAGGAAAUUGUUUCGAGGUUUAUGGUUUUGAUAUAUUGAUUGAUGACGAAUUAAAACCUUGGGUACUUGAAGUUAAUUUAUCUCCAUCAUUGGGUUGUGAUGCUCCAAUUGAUUUAAAAAUAAAAACUCAUAUGAUUUGUGAUCUUCUUAAUUUAACAUCAAUGCCUUGUACAGAUCCAGCUAUUUAUUCAAAUAAACAAAGACAACAAAAAAAUGAAUCCAAUUCACAACCUGAUCAACUGAAACGACGUCGUCCAAUAUCUGCUGGUUAUUCGUUAACAUCAUCAUUAACAAGUCAAAAUAGUAAUAAUUCACGUGUUAUACGUGCAACAACAGCUAAUCGUCGAACUCGUUGUGGAAAUAUUAAUAAUCAAACAAAUGAUAUAGGUCGUGGAGAAUAUUUUGGUUUAUCUUCCGAAGAAAUUCGUAUAUUAAGAACACUAAAAGAAGAAAGUCGACAACGUGGUGGUUUUGUUCGAAUAUUUCCAACAGGUGAUACAUAUGAAUUUUUUUCAUCUUUUUUUGAACAACGGACAACAUCAUUUAAUCAAAUGAUUCAUCAACGUCUUUAUCCAACACGAUGGACACCAAAUGCAUUUAAUUAUCAACAAAAUGGUUCACAAAUUCGUCGUACAACAGUUCCACGUUCAAAACAUCUUUCAUCGGCAUUUAAUUAUGGUCAUUCAUCAGAUAAAGAUUUAACACCAAAAACAAAUGGUUGUGAUCUUGAUGAAGCACUUGAAAGAUAUAGAAUUUAUGAAAGAAGAUUAAUUGAUAUUAUUCCUCCUCCUCCAACAACAACAACAAUAACAACAUCAAAUACAAAUGAUAGUUUAAAAAUAAAUGAAAAAUGUUUGAAAUCUCAAAUUGUUGUUGAAAGUAUUGAACAAAAUCAAUCUGAAACAACAAAUGUUCAUCGAGCAACAUCAGCACCAAUUCAUCAUUUUAUAUCAAAACAACAACAACAAUAUAAAAAUGAUGCAACAUCAAAACGUUUAUCAACUGUUGCAAAUUUCGUAAAACAACAACAAUUAAAUAUAAAUGCAGCACCAGGUGAAACUAGACAUUCGGUUUAUGCAAAAAAUGAUAUUAUUCAAAUGCUUAAUCAGGGUUUAACAUUAAGUCCACUGCAAGCUCGUACAGCAUUUGGAACAUAUUUACAACGAAUUCAAUUUCGUUUAAUGCUUGAUUCGGAAUUAAAAGAAGAUGUUACAUCAAGUCAACAUAUGGAAUUAGUUAUUAGAUUUUUAAAAAGAGCUGGACAAAAUCUUUCACCACCAUUUCGUGUUGAAAUACCAUCACGUCGUUUAUCACAAGCUGAUCAAAAAAGAAUUUUAGCUAAAGAAUUAUGUGAUUUUCUUCAUUUAUAUAAUAAAGAAACAGUAUCACAAAAUCAAAAUCAAUUAUUUUCAACAAUACAAAUUGAUAAUCGUUUAUUUGAAAAUUUUCUUCGUUCAGCAUCGGAAUCUGAUCUUGAACAAAUGAUGACAACUUAUAUGAAAAAUAAUAAAAAUUCAGCUGUUCAUUUAGGUGUUAAUCCUAAAAUAGUUAAACAAAAUUCAAUAAAUCAAAAUAAUCAAGGUUCAGAUAUUGGACCUGAUCAACAAGCUCAAACUAUUUUACCUAAACAGUCAAUUGAAGAUAAGACAAUAACAUUUAUUCAAACAAUAUCAUCAAAUGAACAAUCAAAUCAAAAAUGGGCUACAUUAACAACAACAGCAACAACAGCACAAAAUUAUCCACAAAAACGUUUAAUACGAGCAUCAAGUGCAUCAAGACAACGAAAUAAUCAAAAAAGACAAGAUGAAAUUUAUAAACUUUAUGGAGUUUCAAGACCACUUUCAGCUGUUGUUCAACAUAGAAAACAAUUGCCAACAACAACAGGACCGUCUGUACCUCCUACGAAACUCUUAAUUCGAGAACGACCUAAUUCAGCUAAUAUUACAAACGAACCAGAAGAAAAACGAGAUUUUGUUGAACAAUUGAAUGAAUUAUCAUUAAAACAACAUCAUCGACAAUAUUCCGGUCUUCAUCGUUUAAAUGUCUUUCAUAGUCGUUCAUCAUCAGUUGAACCUCAACAACAAACAAAUGUACCUGCUAUGAAUGAUUGUGAAAAUCUAUCUGAAACAAAUAAACAAGAAGAAAUUCUUGAAAAAAGUCGACAAAUGCUUGAAGAAAGUAAACUUAAAAAUGAACAAUUAGCUGAACAAGCAAAAGUAUUUCAACGAACAUUACAACGAAAUGAAAUCUAUUCGGCAUUGAAUCGUUUUUCAACUCGUCCACCUAUUUAUCCAACUGUUGUUAAAGAAACACGAACAUCUUCAAAUAGAUUUCAACAAUUAAAAGUAAAUCCAACAGUAUCAUUAAUUAAUGAUCAACAUAGAGUUAAAUCAGCUAAUUCUUCACAAGAUUAG